AUGUCUCCCCCACCUAUGUCAGCAAAGUCUUUCGGCACCUUCAUCGACUCGGAGCCGUCGACGCCAGCCUACUCACCAAGGAUGGACCACCAGUGGGACGACUCAUCGGUGGUCCUAGUCCGUCCCAUGUCCUCGUCUUCUGAACCUUCCAGCCCUACUGAGCCAGUAUGGCGCAUGUUACAACCACUGCCUGUGAAGGCCCCACCAAAGCCCAAAGCCAGCACCGUCAGAGCUCAGUCCAAAGAACCGGUCUCCUCUGCCAAGGAGAUUUCAUCACAGACAUCGCUUUCAUCGCACCCUACUAAGCAGGCGAGCUACGUCAAUCGCCCCCACGCGAUCAAGCUAGCAAGCCUAUCACAACAAGAUUUCCCCCCGAAGAGCGAAGACAUUCCACAGGGUGAUGUUACAUCACCUCAGCCGACAGCCAGCACACCCACGGCGGCCGCCUUCGGGAAACUGGCAAACAAGAUGAAGUUGAUGCUCCGGCGUAAGAACACGAACGCAAAGAAAAAGGAGAAGAAGAAGCGAGAGUACGAAGAGGUCGACCGUAUAGAGGAUGUACACUGGACAGAGAUAUGGGGAGGAGGCUGGACGCUGCGAUUCCUCGCCGGUGUAUCGUACGGAAGCAUCCGGGAAUUAAUACAAGGCAUCGGUGUCCGAAGGAAGAUGGAACUGUAUCAGAACUACACAUCAAGACUAGGCAAUACCCUCUUCAACACGCGAUGGAACCAACCAGCCAAGGACCCCACAGCCACACUCCUAGAAUCGCGCUUCCCAACCAAAACCGUCCUUGUACUCCUCACCCUAGGCGGCCUAGCAUACUACUUCGUCGACAUAGUAGAAACCGACUGGACAGACAGCGUCUACGGCGCCUUCGAAACCGGCGACGAUGCCUCCCAACUCGCCCAACCCCUCCACUUCUACUCCUCAAAAGAAGAAGUGCAACACAUCCUCGACUUCCACAUCCCAGACCCCAGCGCCCCGAUGAAAGACCCCGCCGUAGCGAAGUUCUUCUCGGAGCAAUUCGACAAGCUAUGCUACGGAUGGAUGAUGACGCCCGAUGAUUCGAAGAAGGGUGUCGAAGGCAUGCCAGACGUGCAGAUGCCCAUAACACACGGAUGUCGGUUCCGCAGUAACGAGCCAUGUGAGGAUUUCUUCGCAUUAGGAACAUCGCCUGGCCCCGGGCAGAAUCUGUGGAAUUACUGGACUGUACUAGAUGGGCAUGCAGGACGACACACGGCAUUCUACCUCCAAUGGACACUAAUCCCCAUGGUAUCCUCCGCGCUCAGCACCCUAACACCGCACGCCUCGAGCCACCAAAUCGAAAGCAGUAUAAAAACCGCCUUCCUCGCCACGGACAAAAGUAUCAUGUCCCGCGCCAAAACAGCCGCAGCCUGGUUCCCAGCCGCCAACGCCGCCGCCAUCGCCGCGCUCACACCCGCUUUCUCUGGGUCCUGCGCCUUACUCGCUGCAUUCGAUCCCCAGACCUCCAAGUUACGCGUAGCAUGUACAGGAGACUCCCGCGCCGUCCUCGGCCGCUGGGACCCCUCCACGCACACCUACACUGCCAUCCCCCUCUCGGAAGACCAAACCGGCUUCAACACCAAGGAAGUAGAAAGACUAAGCAAGGAACACCCCGACGAACCCUCCGUCAUAGACCCCAAAACAGGCCGCAUGCUAGGCAUAGCCGUAACCCGCGGCUUCGGCGACCACCGCUGGAAAUGGGAUAACGAAACGGUCAAGGCGUGCCAGCACAAAUUCUGGGGUACGGCGCCAAGGCCAGGGAAUUUGAGCCCGCCCUAUAUGACGGCGGAGCCUGAGGUGCAGGAAACGGAUGUUGUGAGGAGGGAGCCGCGGGAUGGGAUGCUGUGUGGUGAUGGUAGGGCAGAAGGGGGGAAAAGCGAUUUCCUCAUCCUCGCUUCCGACGGUCUUUGGGACCGGAUUUCUUCUGAGUAUGCCGUCGAGUGCGUUUCCCGCUAUCUCUCUGCGCGCGCCCGUGGCCAGGGUUCCGUGAAGCAAGACCCGGAACUCCUGCGCAACCCUCCCGUUUUCCCUCAAAACUUCUCUAGCUUGGACCCGGGUGUGACGUGCGACCCCGCGGCCGGCGAAGACGUAGACUGGAAAGCGGAGCCGCAGUAUUUUGCGAUUGAAGAUGAGAAUGCGGCGGUUUGUUUGGCGAGGAAUGCGAUGGGUGGGAAUAGGAGGGGGUUGUUUUUGGGCGUGUUGGCGGGGCCGGAGCCGUUGAGUAGGAAUGCGGUGGAUGAUACUACUAUUAUGGUUGUUUUCUUUGACAAAUUAGAAGAUGGGAAGGCUGGGAUAGAGGGGAGUAAAAAGGUAGAAGAGAGUAGGAGUGGGGAGGGGGAGAAGAAGAAGAAGUGGUGGUGGCCGUUGUGA